AUGCUGAAACAUGAACACGUGAUUACCGGCGCUCCAAAUCGAACGGAGCCUAUGAUAGACGAAUAUACCGACUACAGCUAUGAUUCAUUCGACGUGGAGGUACAUCUAGGUCUCUUCACUGACCUGAAAUACAUUCCAAGUCGAAGUGUCAAAUACCUCAAUCUGACAACCCCAUAUGUGCCCUCUUGGGGCUGCGAUUCAGCUUCCGCGAAAUCUAUCAGAAUUGGUGAAAAGACAUAUUCUGUCGAGGUUCACGCUCCCAAAACGACGGAUCUUCUCGGCUUCAUUGAGUUCAAGUACGACAAGACAGGUUACUGUGAUGGUGGUCUGAAGAUGGCCAACUUCGAUGCCACUCUUCAUUACCACCAUCUGGCGAUGGGCGAAACGACCAAAGCGAGGGAUAAAGGCCAGACUAGACAACACGGUGGAGGUAUGAAGCUCUCUGCACUUGUGUUUCGACGCGAAGGCUACAGCUUUCGCAUCGAGAGUGGAAGCUUCAGAUGGAACUCCAUAUUCAAGAAGGGCGAGCUUGCCUGCCAACUCACUCGAAUGGGGAACAAGAACCUAGCCAAGCUGAAAAUUACGACAUCUGGCCAACCAAAGACGACUAUCGCAUAUCCUUGGAAAGACGUCUGCCAGAGCAUUGCAGCCAUCUAG